CGUUCGAAACCAAAACCACCUGCAAUCAACGAAGGCUUUUUCCAGGUACACAAAAUUACAAUCAAACACAGUCACAAACCUUGAAUCAAAAUAAAAAACACAGUCACAAACCUACUCUCUUCUAUCAGAGAAUUAGGUUUUCACAGUCAUGGAUGUGGUGGUAGAAGUGAACUCAAUCCCACUGCCGGAGACUAAAACUCCGGUAAUCUCAGCGCCGCCGUUCCAGCUGCAUUCGCCAUCGCUGACUCGAUCCCCUCUCCUCGAUUCCAUCAUUCCAAAGACUCCGAAAAGUCCACUGGUUCGGAUGAUGACUCCGAUGGCAAGUCCCAUGAAGAAGGCCUUUUCGACGAUGCAAGGGUACUUGGAAGAAGUGGGAAAUCUGACGAAGCUCAAUCCACAGGAGUCAUGGCUUCCGAUCACAGAGUCGAGGAAUGGAAAUGCAUACUAUGCUGCUUUCCACAGCCUCAACUCUGGCAUCGGAGUUCAAGCUCUUUUGCUUCCCUUGGCUUUCACUGCACUUGGCUGGACUUGGGGGAUCAUAUGCCUAUCAGUGGCUUUUGUGUGGCAACUCUAUACCCUGUGGUUACUCAUCCAACUUCACGAGUCUGUCCCUGGGACUCGCUACAGCAGAUACCUCCAGCUUUCUAUGGCUGCUUUUGGUAAGAAGAUAGGGAAGUUGGUGGUGCUAUUUCCCACCAUGUAUCUAUCAGGUGGAACUUGCGUUGCUCUAAUCAUGAUUGGCGGCGGAACCAUGAAGAUUUUAUUCCAGAUCGUGUGUGGGUCCACCGGAUCAUCAUGCAACGCUAAUUCGCUGACAACUGUCGAGUGGUACAUAGUAUUCACUACCUCGGCGGUCAUUUUAGCACAGCUUCCCAACCUCAAUUCCAUCGCUGGAGUUUCUCUCAUCGGUGCAAUUACAGCCGUUGCUUACUGUACACUCAUAUGGACCCUCUCCGUAGUCAAAGGUAGGCCCAUUGGCUUCUCAUACGGCCCAUCACAGGUGGCAGAAUCUGAUGGGGCUAAGCUCUACACUACUCUCGAUGCACUUGGAAUGAUUGCCUUCGCUUUCAGAGGCCACAAUCUUGUUCUUGAAAUUCAGGGCACAAUGCCAUCGAGUCUAAAGCAUCCAUCACGCCUGCCAAUGUGGAAAGGAGUAAAAUUCUCAUAUCUAAUAAUCGCAUUGUGUUUGUUUCCAGUGGCAAUUGGAGGAUAUUGGGCUUAUGGAAAUUUGAUAUCAAAUGGAGGGAUGUUAAAGGCAUUGUACAAAUACCAUGGGCACGACACAUCGAAGAUUAUUCUUGGGUUCGCAAGCGUACUAGUUGUGGUUAACAGCCUGACCUCAUUCCAGAUAUAUGCAAUGCCGGUUUUCGACAACUUAGAGUUUAGAUAUACUAGCAACAUGAAUAGACCAUGUCCAUGGUGGUUGCGAAGAGGGUUUAGAGUCUUCUUUGGAUGCCUAGCAUUCUUCAUAGCUGUGGCACUCCCAUUCUUGCCAAGCUUGGCAGGGUUGAUAGGAGGGAUUGCGUUACCAGUCACCGCCGCCUACCCUUGUUUCAUGUGGAUAAUAAUCAAGAAACCCCAAAAAUAUGGGACUAUGUGGUGUCUCAACUGCGCACUAGGUUGUUUGGGGGUGAUACUCAGCAUUUUGUUGGUUUUUGGAGCAAUAUGGACUAUAGUGGCCUUAGGGAUUGAAGUGCACUUCUUCAAACCCUAGUGAUUGUAGAUGCAAAAUGGAGCAAAACACUCUUUGAGCUUUAAUCUUAAUUGAAAUGGGUGAGAUUGUACAAAAGCAAGGGUGUGAAGAUUCCAACCCAUCAACUAUCUCAGCACUGGCUUAAUCUUAAAGAGAUUUCACCCAUCAUGUAUUUGAUAUCACUAUAUCUUUGUUCUUAUAAAAUAGCAAAUCAUAAAAUAAUUGUAGCAUUGCUAGUAAA